GAAAUGGGUCUGAAGGUCGGACAGGAAGCCUCGUUCUCUGUGCAGCUGAACGGAGCCAGAGGUCUGAUCGAUGCUAAGAUCCACUCGCCGUCAGGAGCCGUUGAGGAGUGUUACAUCACCGAGCUGGACAGUGAUCAACACGCCAUCAGGUUCAUCCCGAGAGAAAACGGCGUUCACUCCAUCGAUGUGCGUUUUAACGGCAGCCACGUCCCCGGCAGCCCCUUCAAGAUCCGAGUGGGAGAACCGGGACAGGUGGGAGAUCCUGGUAUGGUGUCUGCCUUCGGACCGGGACUGGAGGGAGGAGUCACAGGUGUGGCAUCAGAGUUUAUCGUGAACACAUGUAACGCCGGCUCAGGAGCUCUGUCGGUGACCGUGGACGGACCGUCCAAAGUGAAGAUGGACUGUCAGGAAAGUGCUGAGGGCUACAAGGUCUCAUACACACCCAUGGCCCCCGGAAACUACCUGAUCUCCAUCAAGUACGGAGGUGGUCACGUGGUCGGAAGUCCCUUCAAGGCCAAAGUCUCAGGUGGAUCAAGCAGCACGUACCUGAACGCAGCACAUACCUGAUCGCAGCACGUACCUGAACGCAGCACGUACCUGAUCGCAGCACGUACCUGAACGUAGCACGUACCUGAACAUAGCAC